CAGCGCGUAGUGUGUUUGGCGCCAGCAUUUUCGCGGGGAGUGAGGAGUGGACGUACACAGCAACAAUCUCGAUCAACGCUGCGAUUCAAAUAAAUACCCUUCACCGAUUUCUCUAAUAUAGAGCCUGUGUUGAUGAUAUCGACUUUACUUGUUGGUAACUGUCUGCAGCCGUAAGGUUGUGAGGAUGAUGGCGGCAGUGCCUCUAUCUAGUGCCAGCAUCCUUCCACUUCUGGAGUGUCUAGAAGAUGAUGCAGCUGGGCUGUCAGAGCAUACAGAUGCCUACAUCACCAUUGCAAACCGUCUCAAUGGAGAGGAGGGACGUCAGUUUCUGCCUGUAAUCGUAAAACAUUUUGCACGUCUUAGUAAAGUCCUUCUGGUUCACAUCUCCAGUGAGAAUGAGGAGCUUUGUCAAGCCGCUCUCCAGGCGUUGGGCUUCUGUGUCUUCCACUCACAUAUUGUUUCUGUUAUCCCAGCAAAUGUUUCAGAAGAGGUAUUGUCUACUCUCUGUAAUGUUGUGGUAAAAUCUAAAGAGAAAUUUACAUGUACCCGAGCAUUAUGGGUAAUUUCCAAACAGAAUUUCUCUCCAGAGGUGGUGGCCAAAAAGACGCCAGAGAUUCUCAAGAGCCUGGAGGCUAUGCAGACCCGAGAAGUUCAGUCAAUCCUUAUUGAUCAUGAGUCGCUCAAUGUCAUCAUAAGGUUGCUGGAGCAGGCACCGUCUCAGAUGGCAGCUGGAGCCGUGUGCUGGGCCAAGCUGGUUGUUCCUCUGGUGGUUCACUCUGCCAAUAAAGUGCGCUUGCGUGCGGCGGCAGCCCUGGAGCUGGGCAUGCCUCUUCUCCUGGAGAAACAACAGGAAGUGGCUGCCAUUGUAGAGCCAAUGAUGUCCUCCAUGCUCAUCCCUGAAAUGCAGAAACUGUUUUCUUCGAAGAAUGAGACAAAUAUGCUGAAACUCUGGCCUUUAUUUGUAAAACUUCUGGGGAAGUUGCUUCACAAAGGAGGUGCCUUCAUUAACUCUUUGCUAUAUUUGGAGGAGUUGGGUUUCCGAAGCUCCUCUCCUAAUAUUAAAAAGAUUGCCUUCAUUGCUUGGAAGAGCCUCAUUGACAAUUUUGCCCUUAAUCCAGAUAUUCUGUGCAGCAGUAAGCGUCUGAAGCUGCUCUUGCAACCACUAAUUUCCAUCCAUGUCCGGACUGAAGCUCUUGUGCUCACUAAACUAGAGGUUUGGUGGUAUCUUGCGGUCAAACUUGGGCCAAACCUAGCAGCAAAUUUUGAGCAGGUUGGCAUACCGCUGCUGCAUAGCACACUUCCUUCAGAUUCUCCACUGCAGUCCCUGGUCACACCUGCUCGAAACGCUAACCCAACCAAUGGCACCCCUAACACCCCUAAAACAGGCAUCCCAUCUUGUAGCACGCCAAGCAGUACUCCUCGUAUGAGUCUGAACAGCAGUAUGCAGGCAACUCAGUCCUACCGCUCCAUUCAGCUCCUGGGGCUUGAGAUGCUUCUGCACUGGUUCAUGGGUCCAGAAGUCACAGUCACAGCUGCUAAAGAAAAUCUUCAGCUCAGCCUAGAGCCCCUGACGCACCCGCUCUUCACCAGUCACUCAUACUUUAACAGACAUGCCACUACUCUCAUCUCAGCGGUCAAAGAAGGCUUCAGUGCUGUGGGAAAACAUGCUCCAGAAUCUCUUCUCAGUCUUGUUUGGAGCAGUCUGAUUCGUUUUGUCAGCACAACAAUAGAAGCAGGUAAUAAGAAAGAGCGUCAGGGUUCAGAGGUCCUCACUCUUCUUCUCCAGGCUCUCCAGGCCAUCCUGUCUUCAGAUGUUCUGCCAGCUGAGCGUGCACUGCUUUUGUUGGAAGCCGCAGUAAAGGGAAUACCUCAGAAAGUUCUUGGUUCUGCAGCUUAUCAAGUUGCAAACAUGGAUGUUUUGAACGGUACUCCAGCACUUUUCUUAAUACUGCUUUUCUUCAACAAUAGCCAGGUCGCAGCGUUUCUUGAAGAUGAGAGAUUUUUCACAAGCCUGGAGACUCUUGUCAGCUGUGGGUUUUGUGGUCCUACAUCCCCUUUGACCUUUGGAGAGGCUGUUUUAGGAGCACUUGGUGGGAUCGUGGAGGCUGUUAAGAGCAAGAAACAGCUCUGGAGGAUGUGGAGUGUUGUUAUUAACCUUCUAACUGACACCAUAACUCAGACCAAUGAAGUGAAUCAAGGAGAUGCUUUGGAGCAUAAUUUCAGUGCCAUUUACAGUGCCUUGAUGUUCCCUGUCGUUCACCUGUUGCCUGCUUCAGCCCUACCCCAGACAACGCAGAAGAGCAUGAUGAGUACCUGGUCCAAGCUUUAUAAGGCUUUUGCCCGAUGCUCAGCUUUGGUGGCCACGGCGGAGGAAAAUGUAUGCUGUGAAGAGCUAUGUGCCAAGAUCUCUGCUUCUUUAGAUAGUGAGGCUUUGAAGAAUCUGCUUGUGCUAGAUGCAUUAGCAAAUAUCUUGCUGGUCAUAGUAGAGAGUCUGGACUUUUCUCCUUACACCCCUCAGUUCCAGCAGAAGCAGAAAUCUCCUCGGACACCCUUGAGCUGGGUCCGGAGGAGAAGCAAAUCUCUGGGCAACCUUUCCACCUUCCACAGUCUUCUGAUACAGACUUUAGAUGCGUUUUUAGCACUGGACCCCUCAGAAGCAUCUGCAGAAACUGGUGGUGUUCUAAAUAGACUUGCCUUGACGCUCAUUGGCAUCAUGUCUAUGCUUUUCACCAACAUUACAUUGCCCACACACAUACAAGAGAUGCUGUCCACUAUCACACAACCACUCGCACGUCUCUAUGUACAAUACUCGAGUUUUGAUGAACAGUCAACGUCUGAUGUCACAGUAGGACCCAAGUUGGAGAAACUGGCCUCAGACUUGCUUGGCUGCCUUCAGACACACUCGACAUUGCACGACGAUGAACUGCUUACAGUGUUGUCGCCAUUGCUUUGUGUGCUUUUCCCACACAAGAUCAAGCAAAUUCGCACAGUGGCCACUCAGUUCUGGAAUGCCACCUUUGGAAACGCGGUCACCUUGACUUACUCCGAGCCUCUCAGGGUCGUUUUAAGUCAGGCCAAGCAGAAGACUCCUUUGAUUUUACCAGGAUUUGAAGCUGUUGAUAAUCCUGAUGAUUUCAGCGGACAGUAUACGAGUGAGAGUUCUCAGAUGGAUCCUCAGAUUAGCGGUGUGAAGGUCACCUCUGUGGGAAAGAGGGACUCUCUUUUGGCUAGGGCAGACGAGCUGAAAGGAAGAGGCACUGUUUCUGCAACAAAGCCUGUAUCUAUGAAGCUGGAUUUUGGAUCCCCUAAACCCCAGAGACGUGAAGCUAUUGAAGAAGAGGCAUCAGUAGAUUUUGUUUUUAUUCCACCUGAGACAAAGGAAAGAGUGCUGACUGAACAUCAGAAAGAAGUCAAAAGGACCAAAAGGGUUGAUAUUCCUGCCCUGUACAAUAAUCUGGAUGCCUCCAUGGACACUACAGUCUUUACACAAUACACUCAAAGUCAGGAGGAUUCCAUAGACAAACUGGGAACAGAUGAAAUUGAUAAACCUAAGGAAGAGGAUAAGGUUCAGUUGGCGGAGGUUGGCCCACUUGAGGAACCAACCACAGAUGUUAAAACAACCCAAGAUGGCACCACACCAGAGGUCAGAGAAACACCGGAGAAAGCUACACAGGAUAAAAAACAAAUUUCAGAAAAGAUUGAGACACCAUCUAGUGACGUCUCAGGUGAUGCGAGUGGGCAUGAGAAAACAGGAUUGGAGGCAUCCAGCCCUAAUGUUUCGAGUUCUUCUGAUAUGAUAUCAGGUACCCCACCUAAAUCCAACAGCAGACGGCAGUCUUUCAUAACCCUUGAGAAAUAUGUUGAGGGAAAGCCAGCGAGUCCCAUGAGUGAAACUACAUUCACCGGUCCACUCACCCGAAAAUCAAACAGACUGGAUUCUUCAAAAGCAUCGCAAUCCGCUCCACAUGACUCUCUUGACUCGCAACCUCUGACUUCGAAAGAGGACUCGCAAAAAGCCGAAGAGCUUAGCACCACGGAGUUGUCUGCUCAGAAUGAGCAAGAAAUAGAGGAAGAAGAUGAGAUCAAAUCAACAUGUCAUCCUUGUGAAGGCACAGAUGAGGAAGAGGAGGAUGUAGUUCCUGAUACCCAGAACCAAAUAUCCGAAGCAGUGCUGGAUAACAAGGACAGUCCUGUGUCCAAAACCAACAUGGAGGCAUCGGUGGAAUCUGAAAAAGCCUCUCCCGAAGAAGAUUCACAGACCCUUUCUCAAAAUUCUAGUCAAAGAAGAAGGUCAAGCAGACGUCGUAGUAGACCUCUUCGCCCGGGUGAAGAUCCAACGGACAGGGAGCUGAACUCUAGCAAAUCUGAAGAAACAGGCAGUCAGGGUUUAGACUCUCCACUAACAAAUACACAGAAGCUUGUACCAACUCUCACUAAUUCAACAAAUAGCACAUUGCCGGGAAGAACCAGGAGAAGUAAGAUUCUGGAUGAGGCUAAAGCUGAAGGUGACCAGCCGAAGAAUAAAAGAGGGAAAGGAGAGCUUAAACGGACUGAUUCACAGAUUUCAGAAUCUUCACAGAUAACGGAUUUGUGUGGUCAUGAAGAGCUUAGCCAGACUGAGUCAUCCAAAGAGAGACUGUCACCUCUCAAUGAGUCUCAGAGUCUGUCACCAGGCCGAUCUAUGAGGAAGACUAGACUGCACAGCAAUCUCGAGGGAUCCACAGACAAGAAAGAAAAAGAUGAAAAUUAUUCUCAAAACGCUACAUCCAAUUUGAGGAGGAGACUUUCACAAACUGUUUCCAGUACAGAGACCGAUAGCCAGCAAACUGGCAGUUUGAGAAGAACAAGACGGUCUGUUGCAUCUGAAUUGGAUGCUGCUGGAUUACAGACCAAAGAUAAGACUGGAACGGAAGAUCAAAAAGGGCAGGAUGCAGGCGUGAAAAACUCUCAAACGUUGGUCAAGGGCAGGGCUACAAGACGGAGACACACAGAGGGAGACAUGAAUUCUGUAACUGCUGAGGAUUCACAGGCUGAGGAGUUAGAUUCCUCUCAAGGACAUGGUAGAUACAUAACUCGAAGGUUGUCUAAAGGUUUGCUGUCCCCAACUGACAAUAAAGAGUCUGAAACCUCUGAUAGCAAAGUUGGACCAAGGCCUAAAAAGAGGUCACGUAAUCCUUUACCCGCAGAGGUGUUACCGUGCACCACAGAAGCUCCAGAGAUGCAGGUUGAGGAGCAUGUUCAAGUUUCAAUGGAGACCUCUGCAUCCCAGGAUGGGCCAGAUCCUGAACCUAGUUUAGACGAUGUCUCUGUAACUGAGUCCAAAGAACUUUGUAAUGAAGAGAUGCCUGUGACUGAGAUUGUAAAUAAUGAACUAAACACCUCUGAAAAAGAAAUCGAUACACAGAGCAUGAGUGAAAUAGAGUUGAAGAUGGAAGUGGAUACAGAGAAAAAGGAGACUGUCUGUAUGUCUAUCGAUAAGAAAAAUGAGGGUUUAGGAACAAAGUCAUCUUCGCAAGAUAGUUUAGUGGGAGCUGAAGAUUCAAACUUGAAAGUUUUUCGUAAGUGCCCUCAUACCAGGGGACGGGGUCGUGGUCGCAGACGUUCUAGAAGCUGUAACUGUUUUUCAAAAAGUCGUGCCGUGCAAGACGGUGACUUCCAAGAAUCGCAGGAUGAGAAAAAUGAGCAGGUUCCACUUGAUGCCAACGUCUUGACCUCACAACCCGAGUCCAGCCCCAUGUCUGUAUCAGAUGAAAAUCAAUGCACAACCCAAGAUGCUGCAGCCGUGCAGUCAUCUUUAUCCUCGCCGAAUCAACUCCCUUCUGAGAUUUUGUCUUCUGAAAGCUCUAGUAAUAAACUUGAUGUAGUUGUAUCUGAAAGCUCUAGUAAUAAACUUGAUGUAGUUGUAUCUGAAGCUAAGGAAGAAGGACCUAACCUUGAAUUGGUGGCAAAACCAAUGGAUGAAUCCAGCAAAGAGGUAACGGAAGUCUAUAAGCUGAAUCAGUCCGAGGCUUUAGAAAGCACAAACAUUCAGCAACACAAAGAUGGAGCGGAUGGUUCCGAAAACGCUUCAGGAAGUCAAGAAGCACUUCAGAGUUCAACACCUCAGGACACGUCUCCAAGCAAAGCUCAUCCAGUAGAAGAUCCACCUGUAUGCCAAGAGCAACUAGAGUCCUCUCAUGUCCAGCAGGAAGAUGCUGUCAACGCUGCGGUGAAGGAAAGUGAAGAUCUUAAUGUUGCAGAGAAAAGUGGAGAAGAAGCUAAUGAACUAGGCAAGGAUGUUGCUUCUGUUGAGAACGAUGGUGUAGAUACCCAGAUAGAAAAGCAGGAUCUGUCUGCAGAUGUUCAAGAAGCUGCAUCUGAUGCUGUCAAGGAGUCAUCCACCUCUGAUGUCUGCUUAGAUUCUCCACCCAAACCUAAACUCUUAGACGCUGUAGCUGGUGAACUAGAGCCUGGCCAGAGCCCGAGCAGAAGUAAAACACGUAUAUGGUCACCAUCCGCAUCCCCAUCCACCAGCAUUCUGAAGAAGGGACAGAAGAGAGCUUGUGAUGAAGAUUCUCCCUCCCCUCUUCUUAAGUCUCGUCGAGUGUCUUUUGCGACUCCAAUAUACCAUCAAGAACUGGCUGAUGACAUUGAUCGACGUAGUCCAGUUAUUCGCACUAGCUCACCGAGGUCAAAAGUCUUGAGUGCACAGCCAAAGUACAUCACUACGCCUACGAAAGGCUCUUCAUGUCUUAGCCCACGUAACCUCAGAAGCCCUGGAUACAAAAGCUCAAAGAAAUGUUUGAUUUCUGAGAUGAGCCAGGAGCCACGGCCUAUUGCUAAAGAUUGUGUUUACCCAGCAUUGGUUGGCUGCUCUACUCCUGUAGAGGCUGUUUUACCACAGAUAACCUCCAACAUGUGGCCUCGUGGCUUUGGUCAGCUUGUUCGUGCCAGGAACAUUAAAACUGUUGGAGAUCUGAGUGCCCUCACCCCUACUGAAAUCAAGUCACUUCCUAUCCGCUCACCUAAGCUGUCCAACGUGAGGAAAGCACUUAAAACAUAUUAUGAACAACAGAGAAAAGGGCGUUCUGAUGAACUGAAGAGUUUUGACGAAAUGGAGAAAAUGACUUCCGAGCCUGAAGACAUGGAGCUACCACAAAACCAAGAUGAGGAGAAAACGCCAGCAGAGCCUAAAGAUGACAAACAAUCUGACACCAGUGUAGAUUCAGGACCGAUGGCUGAGGACCGCGAUGCUGAUGAUUUGCUGUCAGAUGUGGUAGCUCUUGGUGGACGGUUAACUUCAGAGGCACUUGGUCGCUGUUCACCCAACCAGCUGGGCCUGAUGCAUGAACAUCUCAGUGGAUUUAUGAGAAACAUCGUAGCCCAACUUCAGUCCCGCCUGCUGAGUAAUCUCGAUGAUAGCUUGCCAUGAGGGUCAUCACUUUUACCUUCAAGACUUGAGUUUUAACUUGAAGACUCGAAGUGGACUGCUCGUUCAAGUUUUAGCUUGGAUUUUAGUUUAGAUUAAAUUCAAAUUAUGCUCUUUCAGAGAAUAGACUUUAAUGGACAAUAGGCAUUUAUAUUGCUUCUUAAGUGUGUGUUGAAUAGAAUAUUAUGUAUUUUAUGGAACGAUUUUUAAGAUUGUAAAUUGUGCUGAGAUACCAAGGUAACUUUUUUUUUUAAGAAAAAUAAAGUUAU